UCGAUUAUGCCCAUCACUAGUUGUACUCUAAGAUAGAAUCAUAAUUUCUGAGUUUUGACAAAAAUAGUUUAAUUUAUAAAAAAUUGUGUACACGUGCGGCGUUUGGCAUAAUAUUAAAUAAUAUUAGUGAUAAUUUGGUUAUUUAAAAAAAUUAUAAUUAGUAUUUUGAAAUAAGAUUAAUAUGUCAUCCGACUAUUGUCGUAUUUGUACAUCUAUUUUGCGUGAUUAUUUUGGUCAAGACAUUUCUGAAAUUGCAAAACCUCUACAAUGGGGUCAGAAAUCCCUAAUGACUUUAAGUACCAUGUUGGAUGGAAAAUAUCCUCGGCACUUGAUACAGGAAACUAUAAUUGUUUUAUUACAGUUCAAUUUUGUAUCGGCAAUUUGUAAUGUCCACUCAGUACAAAUAGAAUACAAAUUGAAUAUGGAAAAUAUUCUAAUGAUUUUAAGGUACCCAAAAUAUUUAUCUAUUAUUAAGAGAAAAUUUGGCAAUCCAUACGAGGAACUUGUUGAAACUUUACUUUGUCUUGGUCGAGCUUCUUUAUCAAAAAUUGUCAGUGAAUGUAUUAAAUUACAGAAUGAAACCGAUGAUUUGUACAAUAAUUAUUGGGAAAAGGGUAUUGAAUUAAUUAGAAAUGAAUAUUUUAAAAGAACACCCACAUAUGUUGUUUGGACUGAAGUUAAACAAAAUAAAAUAUUUACACCACCAACAAAAAAUCAAAAAGACGAGAAAAAAAUUUUGUUUACUCUUAAUUUCAAUAAAUUUCAUCAAGACAUGAGAAAUAAAAUCAUUAAAGAUGCUGUUGUAAGAACAUUUGAUGAUACAAUUGUAGGAGAAGUAAUGUCAACAAUAUUAAGUCAAUGUGCUGACAGUAGUGCACCAGUUUCAAACCCUAUAUCAUUGCAAUUAAUUAGAAGUAAUUUAUCUGUUGGUCAUAAUUAUUUAUUAGAAUAUAUAACAAUGAUAGAAGAAGACCCUACUAAAUUUUUAUGUAAAUCGUAUGGUACAAUGUGCAACAUAACUGUUAAUUUUAAGCAGAUAAUAAAUUGUUUAAAUGAUUCAAUAAUGGACCAAGUAGUAAGCUAUAAGUUCGGUGAAAGUUCUGCAAGGUUAUUCAGAGCGACUAGGAGCAACAAACUCCUAGAACUUGAACGUCUCCAACAAACUGCUUUAAUACCAGACCGUGAAACAAAAACAUUAACAUCUGAACUAUUUAUGAAUAAUUAUCUCCAAGUUCAAGAAUUAAGAAAACCAAAUACUCGUUUAGGUAGAAAUGAUGGGAAAUCUUUUUAUUUGUAUCAUUUAAAUGAACGUCAACUACAUCAAGAAUUAACAGAAGAAAUAUUAAAAAUGAUUGGGAACUGCAUGAUGUGGAAAUUUAAGACUUGUGAAGAUAACAAGAGAUUACUAAAAAAUAAAGCUCGAUUUGAUGGUAUGGUUCAAGGAUUACAAGAUAAACAAGAAGCCGACAAGGAUUUUUUUGAAGAGGCUAUGGACAAUUUAUUUUCACCAAGUGAACGAAUAUUGCUGGACUCAAUAAACAGACUGUUGCGCAAGUGUCAGCUAAACAUUAUGAGAUUAGACGUGUGUUUAUUUUUAUUCCAUUCUUAUAAACGAUACAAUGAAACUAUUAAAUAAAUAAUUACGUUUCUAUA